UUCAAUGUUAUUUCAAGAAUAAAAAUAUGGGAGAAAUAAGGUAAAUACUUAUUGAUAGGAUGAUAGCGGAAUAAAAUGGUAAAAUACGGGUGAAUCCCGGCAAAAACGAGAGGGUUGACAUGUAUGAAGUGAACAGAAAGUGUUUGUCAAACAACAGUUUUGCAAGGGAACGCAAAACAUUUUGCGAGGGAACGCAAAAACCAAAAAAAAAAAAAAUAAAUUUCUAUCCCUCAGUUUUUUUCUUCCACCUAUUUUUCCCCCACAAUCAUGUCCCUUCCAGGUCUCCAUAGGCACCCCCAAUCUUGAUCAACAGAGAAAUUUAAAAACAGUUUUGGAUUAAAUCAAUAAUUUGUUUGAAAUAUCGAUCAUAAAUAAGAAUGCACACUUUAUUUUCAGAUUAAUUUUGGUUUUAAUUUUAGUAAUUGCAAGAUCUGGUUAUAAUGCCUUGAUGUUAAGUGGUAGUUUGCAUUAUUUGGGAAUUUGAGCCUUGUUCAGUUCCCUUUUGGUAUUCUCAAAAAGUCCUCUUAAAAAAUCACAAAACCCGACAUAAUUGUGCAAUAGAAAAACAGAUCUCACUUCCUUUUAUAAUUCACACACAAAAAUAUAGACGUAAAGUGAAACAUAGUUUUAAUUAUACCUUUAACUAUUUGAAUUUGCUAAAAAAGUAUUAAGCUGAGGAAAUAUUUUAAUGUAAAUUCAUGACUUUAUAGAUGCUUCUAAUCUUACAGGAUGUGUUUGAUGUCAAAUCUGAUGUUGUAUACUAACCACGUGUUUAACAAACCGUGUUAACAAGAAGAAAAGUGCUGACUAUAACACAUCUAAACAGGAACAACAAUCAUAACAGUUUUUCUACACUAUAGAGCAGACAUGGAUGAUGAUAUUUAUAAGAAUGUGAACGGGACGGAGUCUGAGGGAAUGAACAGAGAGCGAGGGGUGAAGAUGGAGGAUAUGUAUGUGAAUGCAGGCUCUGUGGGAAACCAUGACUAUCGGACUAAUUCAAACACACAACAACCACCUCAAAAUACAGGAAGCAAUCCAGUGAAGACGAGAAGCUCCAGAGCAGCCUUAGUGUGUUUGGUGUUGCUAUGUUUUCUUCUGCUGACUGCAGUCAUAGCGCUGAGCGUGUACAUCUAUACAAACCAGCCAAACUACCCUGAAGAGAGACACCAGCUACUAACUAAAAUCACCAACCUCACAGAAAACAAAGAUGAGUUGUUGACAAAUAUUGAAAACCUUCUGAAAGACAGAGAGCAACUUAUACAGCAACAUCAGAUUAUUGCUGGGUGGACUUACUUUCAAUCCAGUUUUUACUACUUGUCCAAUGAGUCGAAGAGCUGGACUGACAGCAGAGGAGACUGUAAAGGCAGAAAAGCAGAUCUGAUCACCAUAAACAAUCGACAGGAACAAGAUUUUGUAAUGACCCUCACUCGUAAUAAGGAAUUCUGGAUUGGUCUGACUGACAGUGAAAAAGAGGGCCAAUGGAAAUGGGUUGAUGGCAGUACACUGACCACUGGGUUCUGGGCUUCCUUUCGAUCAAUAACUGAGCCCAAUGGAGGGACAAGAGAGAACUGUGUUUUGACUCAUUUAAAAAGACACCCUGAGUUAAUAGGAUGGAUUGAUCAUAAUUGUGAUGCUUCUUAUCAAUGGAUCUGUGAGAAGAGUAUUUUACCAGUUACUUUUUAAGAAGCAAAAAAGUUUUGUUAUAAUGUUAAGCUUAAAAUUACAAUUAAAAAAUGUAAAUGUAUCUGGUCAAGUCUAAGUAUACAUAAGCAGGGGUUUUUAGUCUUUAGAUGACUUUGACCGCUAAAAAGGAACAUAAAGGAAGCCUACUGUAUAUUCAGUGCUCAGCAUAACUGAGUACACCCCAUUUUGAAAAUCAAUAUUUUAUCCAUUUCUCAGUGAAUAAUGUAUU